AUGAACUACCUCAAAUCCAUCACCUCGUCGGUGCUGUCCGGCACCGGCGUCUCCUUCCCCUUCACCAUCGGCGAACGUAUCCCGGGCACGGAAGCCGGCGCGUCCGUGUGGGAGAUCCGCGAGGGGAUUAAGAAGGACGAUGGCUCGCCCUUGACACUCUUUAUCUUUGACGCGACGUUGCCGCCCCUCCAGCCUGGAAACAAGGACCGACGGACACUGUUCCAGCUCGCCAAGAAUGCGCUCAAGAAACUGCGCACAAUCCGGCAUCCCGACGUGAUCAAGUACAUCGAUUCGGUGGAGACCGAGACACACAUCUACGUCGCGACCGAGCCUGUGCGACCACUGCAAGCCGUCUUGCGGGACUGGGGUACAGGCGGUGCCCUCACGGGCUCUGCCGCAUCCAAGGGAAAGGAGGGCAAGGAGGCAUGGCUGGGCUGGGGCGUGAAGAGUAUCUCUACCGCGCUCGCCUUCCUGAACGCCCCGCCAUUGUCUCAACAUCACGCUUAUCUCAUUCCGUCCACGGUGUUUAUUACACCAGCCAUGGAGUGGAGGUUAGGGGGGUUCGAGCUGUUGACUGGACGAGACGAUGGCGCCGGCGUGUUGUGGGGUUUAGGAGGUGUCGCGCCUGGGAACGCUGGUGACUUUUCCAGCCCCGAGGUGAAGAAGGGCGGCUGGGGUGUGCUCCGAGACACUGACCCCGCAUACGAGGACACGUACUUGCUUGCGAUGUGGAUGUUCUGGCUGUUCAACCCCGAGAAGCCACCACCCAAGUUGUCAGCUGCUCCGACGCCCUCAAUGGCCGGUGCUAUCCCAAAACGCCUCUUCCCGCUCUGGAAGCGCAUGGUGAACCCAAACGCGCGGACACGUCUGUCGACGAUCAACUUUGUCUCUGAGGCCCAGUCGAGCGGCAUCUGGGCGGAUAACCCGCUCAUAUCGCUUGUUGAGGGACUGGACGGUUUCGAGCUGCGCUCUGAUGGAGAGAAGGCCAAGCUCCUCCGCACGAUCAAGGAUGCGGCUGAGGGCGGCUCUCUUCCCGAACCGUUCCUCGUACACCGUGUCCUCCCAUCCCUGUUGCACUCGCUGUCACUGCCGAACGCGCCAAGCGCGCAGAUGCUCCCACUCGUCCUCGCUCUAGGGAAGCAGGUCCCGCUAUCGACGUACGCCAAGGUUGUCCUAGACCCCGUGAUUAAGCUGUAUGCGAGUCCGGAUCGUGGGACGCGUAUGGCCCUCCUCGACGGAUUGGACGAGUACGCCGACCGCCUGGACAAGCACAUGGUGACUGAGCGCAUCUGGCCGCACCUGACAACUGGCUUCGCCGACACGGUGCCAGUGAUCCGCGAGGCGACGAUCAAGGCCGUCUACCCUCUCGCCGGCAAGCUGUCAGACCGUAUCCUGAACAACGACCUUCUGCGUCUCCUGGCCAAGAUGCAGCAGGACCAAGAGGCGUCGAUCCGCACCAACACGUGUAUCCUCCUCGGCCGCCUAGCUCCGAUGCUCGGGCCCAACACGAAGCGGAAAGUGCUGGUCCCAGCCUUCGCGCGCAGCCUGAAGGACUCGUUCGUUCACGCCCGCGUAGCAGCACUUAUGGCGCUCAUGGCAACGGUCGAGUGUUAUGACCGUGACGACCUCGCCGGCCGCGUGAUCCCGAACAUGGCGCACGCCCUGGUUGACAAGGAGAAGAUUGUGCGCGACCAGGCGUUCAAGGCUAUGGCCAUGUUUGUCAAGCGCGUUGAGGAGAUGGUGGCGAGCAUGCCGGCAACAGUGCUUUCCGAUACGGAGCGGCCAGUCUCGCCACCCCAAGCGGCGGGGAUGGUCACGAGCGCAACGGGAGCGGCGGGCUCGUUGGCCGGCUGGGCCUUCUCCUCCCUCGGAAAGCAUCUGCAGACAGGCGAGGCCAACUCGGCCAUGACGGUUGCGCCAGCGCCAGCGCCAGAGGUCUCGCCUGCCUUCACGCCGUCGUUUGGUUCGCCAGCCGCGUCGCGGCGCGAGAGCGCUGAGACACCGCGUCCCUCUGCAUCACGAUUGAACUCAGCCCGCAGACCACACGGACAGGGGAUGAAGCUGGCCGCCAAGCCGAAGAAUAAUCUGAUGGACGAGCUGGCGAACGAGCUGGACGACGACGUCGCAAACGCGUGGGGCGACGACCUGAUGGAUGUGAAUGCGGACACGGACGACUGGACGGCGUUCGAGAGCGCCGCGCCGGUCGCCGAGGCGCCCCCACCCCAGAGCUACUACGUCUCGCCUCCUAAGCCCAAGGCUAAACCCCUCCCCGCACCAAAGCCAGUCAAGGCCAAACCUGAACCUCUCACGGCUGCGGCUAGAGUUCCGCAGCCACCCUCGCCCGUGUCGGAGGGAAGCAAGCCGUCUACGCCGCAGCCCACCCUCGCGAGCAUGAGCAAGGAAGAGAAGGAGAAGGAGAUGGCGCGGCGGCGCGAAGAGCGCAAGGCACGUAUUGCGGCCAUGAAGGAGCAGAAGAAGAAAUAA